GCAGCAGACAUGAGUCUCGUGUCAAAAAAAAAAAAAGAGUGAGUGAUAAAGUGGGUGGGUGGGGUUCAAUAAAAAAAAAUCGCUCUCUUUUUUUUUUCUCUCUCUCUCUCUCUUUUUAAUCACAACAAACAAAACAAAACCAAAAAAAAAAAAAAAAAAAUGAUAACAGCCUUUGCGGUUACCUGUUUAAUACUGGUACCUACGAUACCCCUUUUACUUUAUGGCAUUGGAUUACUUUUACCUAGCGAUCAUGUUGUUUCCCGCACAACUGUAUAUAACACGACAGCAGAGAUUCUAUGGGCCAUCUUGACCAGCGUAGAAGAUUACCCGGCUUGGCGUAGCCAUAUUGACAAGGUCACGGUCCGUUAUGACGAAUUCGAAAAUGAUAUCAACAAGUAUGAAGACGAAUCCAGAAUGACCUUUGUAGAAUACACUGAAAAAAAAGAUCGUCGUACGGUGGUCAUGCACAUUGAACAAGAAAAGGAACGUAAGCUCAUUCGGGUGCUGGAAGAAAGACCUUAUAUUGCCCCUGGUGAAGAAGAGCUCUCCAAUUCCACUUUUAGUGGCUCAUGGACCUUUCUCAUCGAACCCAUCGGUGAGAAACAAGUCAAGUUAAAGAUUACAGAGCAAGGUGUCAUUAAAAAACCCAUGGUCAGAGUCUCGCAUAAACUCUUUUUCGGUUACCAUCGUCGCAUUGAUCGAUUUAUCAAGGAUUUAGGCAAGGAGAUUGAAUUAGGUAUCCUAGAACAAGCACCACAAGAAGAAACACUACAUGAAGAAGAAGAGGAGGAGGAGGAAGAAGAGUAUGAGGCAGGACCAGAUGAUAGUGUGAUGCAACCUAAUCCAGCAACAUUAACAGAAUCAAAGAUCCUUGAUAAGGAUUGGGAUAUGAUGAGUGAAAUUCUUGAUAAAAAAGCACUUUAAAUCUUUC